GGUCGGACCUCACAAAAUAGUAACUAAAUAUUUGCAAAAGGAGGUAUACAUGAUUGGAGAUGAUACCGAAGUGAGGCCAUUUGUACGUGUUUGUCAGUCGGAAUUUUCGAAGUAUUUUGAAUGGCCAUUAUAUGUUGUAGAGGGUGGCCUCCUUAUUUUUGGAGCGUUCCUUGCUUGGGAAACGAAAAAUGUCAAAAUAAAAGCGCUUAAUGAUUCACGCGAGAUUGGAUUCUGCAUAUACAAUGUGGUCAUUCUGAGCGCAGUUGGUUUGACAUUGUCGCUGCUUUUGAAGGACAAGGAGAUCCUCAUGUAUGGAAUAACAUCGGGAUUUCUUGUAAUUGGAACUUUGGUGACACAAGCUGUCAUAUUUGUUCCAAAGAUACUUGCAGUAAAGAGAAAGGCCACCGGGAAGAAGUCCACAGGAGUAACAACAAUUAGUACGGACCAUACCAGUACUUCUGUUCAAAGUACAAAGAUAUAGUGAUCAACUACGUUUACGAAUCAUAAAUAACUGUAAUUGUUAAUGCACAUUAAUUAGCUUAUUAAACAUUCGAUUAAAUUAGACAGUUAUACAAACAUUAAAAAAACAUAUAUAACAUAAGAGGUAAAGGGUGAAACCACUGAUUAUGUUUGAGGCAAAUGCGUAAUGCUGUUAGAGCAGGUACAUCUUACCUUACCACAAAAAGAGCGUUCACACGUGAUCGUUAAAGCCAAAGAUUUUACAAAUAAGUCCGGAUUUAGCCACCAAGAGAUAUAGUUGUCAAAUUCAUGCCAUAACUUUUUUGCCAAAGAAUUAAUUUUAUUUGCGUCGAUCUACUUUCAAGGCAAGCAAUUAUGCACGAAUACUGCACAAGAAAGCAUGAAUACUUGGUGUUCUAAUCCUUUGACUUAAAAUACUUUUGAAAAUUAAAAGAAAAAGAAACUUGUUGCAGUGUCAUCUGACUGGAAUGUCUUCGUGAAAGACAACAUGUGAAAAAUAGAGCAACUGAAAAGAUGAACCCAGUUGAAUCACGAUGCACCCACUCUAACAGCCACUCGAUCCAAUCAUGCGGAAUAGUGUAUAAAUCUAUACAAUCUAUCUUUUCUGUAUAUAUUUAACAAAUUUAUUAUAAGGAUAUUAUUAGUAAUUUACAUUGCAAUGUUAUUGAAUCUCUAAUACAUCGGCUAUCUUAUCGUAGUUAUCGUAUGAAACGUUUUAAAGGGACUGGCCUCCAGAUCGUUCGACAAAAACUAAUAUAUAUGGAAAUAAAUGCUAUAUUUUUAUGAAGGCUUUAACACUUUAAUACUGACAAACUAUGUUACGGAAACAUAUAUGAAUUUGCUGUUUUUACUACUUUUUACAGUGAAAAUUGUUUGUAACGCUUACUCCAGGUAAAAUUUCUCGAUUAUAAAUACUUAUAUUUUGAAGUCAUAAUUCACUACUUCCACUAUUGUAACCUCGGUUACGACGACGGCAAAAUGUCUAUUAUAGCCGCAGCGGUACGGGGUUCGAUUACCGACGCGGUCAUCCUUUUUUCUUGAUUUGGAAUAUUUAAAAUAUGUUAGAAGAAAAAACUCAUAUGCUAAUGUUCAUAAGUGACCAAACUUCGACUUGAAAGGAAGAUCUUUUAGCCAGAUCUGGAGGUCAGUGCCUUUAAAGGUGUAAAUUUCUCGCACUUUAGGUUUUUUAAAAUUGUACUCUGUUGUAAUUUGCAUUUAUUCAUCCAUUACUGUAAGUUUAGUUCUUGACCCAUGUGUUUAUUUUGUUAAGUUUUAUAAUUUAUUUGAAUAUAUUUACCUACUGUUCAAAAGUUAUGUACAAUUCGAUUACUAGGUCAUACGUGUGUACACGUUUUCAACCCAAAAUUUCUCUACUUACAAAAUGACCUUUUUAAUAUUUGAUUAUGUUCUGUUUUAGCUUGAGCUCACGUUUUUCUUAUACUAGAAACAUUAAAAUAUGGAAGCCGGAGUUAAGGUUACAAAACGCAAUCUUUAAUGUUUACAAACAUGAUGUCUACACAAACGAACUGUAAUUUUGCCAGUGUUUUUAAAUUCUUUUAUCAUAUCGUAAUAAAAUAGAUAUGUUCAUACCA